CAUCACUUUCUUUCCAUCUCUCGCCAAACAAGCUCAACAGACGCAAGUCUACCUCACAUCCAACUACCAUCAUGUCUCCCUGCACCUGCAACUCCUGCGCCACCAGCUGCGCUGGUAGCUGCAAUUCCUGCUCUUGUGGCAGCUGCUCUCACUAAACGAAUCGUCCUAAAACCCGCUCAAUGCGUGAGACUGCGAUCUCCGAUCUCUGAUGGACUUCUUCCGUGCUUAUCAGAACUAAGGCCAUGGCUAUUUGUUGACUGGCGGAGAGUGAUGUGCGACGAGACUGUUUUGUUUUGA